UUGUGGGCGCGUUUGUACUUCAACAUCUCCAGGCCCUUGUCCCUGCGUCUCCUCGCCUUCCGCGAUACAGUUGUAUCUCAGUCACUGCUACGCCCGCGGUGCGACAAGACCAAAAUGGCCAUGGACUACCGGAAACUACUCUCUUUGUCACUCAUACCGUCGAUACUCUUCUUGCUUUUGUCCAUCGUCUCAAUAGCGUUGACGACACACUACUGGAUCAUUGGGGAUUGGAUCAUUCCAAGAGGCGUGAGAGUACAGACAGACACUUUCAAUGACCGUACACAAUCAUACACAAUUGAUGAAACCAUUGUGUACUUCACCGCGAACGACACGGAUGCCACCGUCGUCUCCGGAUGUUUGUGUCUGACCGCUGCGGUCGUCGCCGUCAUCGCAUGGGCAGAGCUACGGAAGCCGGGCACGGAUACACAGCUUGCAACUAACAAACGGCGAUUCUGGAUACUUGCUGUUGUUGUGACGACCCUUGUUGGUGCCAUCACUGCGCUCGUCUCUAUCAUCUUACAUUAUACAAACAAGGGCGAUGAUGCGUUUGGCUGUAGAUCUGAGACUCUUCAAAUGGCUGGCAGGUUCAACACCAAUAAGUAUUGCACAAGGGAGAUGGCUGCAUGCAACUUCCUACCCGGAUACCUGUCUAGAGGCGACAGAAGUAAUGCGGCGCUGGGAUGCACUGAGGCAGUUACUGUCAAGUGGCUGCAGGUUGCUCUGAUAUUGCUUGCGCUUCUCAUUCUCAGCAUCUUCGCGCUGCAAGCACGACUUCGUAGGACGACACGAUCAUCGAGAAUGGUGGCAGCUGAGAAAGAGCCUAUGCCAGUCGACUCGAGCGAGCGCUUCCCUUCCGAUCGUAUUCCUUCUAGGGAACAUAUUUGACCUCGAUGCAACACGGCUUAACGAAUUCACGACUCACGACUCCCUUAGGAACAUGACUUCAUUCUGCAUCACUGGCGUUGAUUUGCUCCUUCGUAGAAACCGGAUUCACAUCACAACGACACAACACACUAAAUCACGACUGUGCAUGUAACGGCCGCUACACAACACAUCAUAGUUAUGACGC